GUGCGGUCUCUGCGGCCUCUUCCAAAGUUUCCUUCUGAUCCUUGGAAGGCGAAGAAAUUUUCUUCAAGAAUCGAAGUUCGAAGCCUUGGAAAAGAAGUCAUCCAGGCAAGAUUUUGAACCACGCGUGUGCACUGUGAAGAACACCUUCCAGGCUGCUUCCAAGCCUGAAAUCCUAGACUGAGAUUCCAGUGACGAGACGAUACUUGCCCUCGUCCCCAAGGUGGCCAGCUGAUUUGCUGGCGAUCUCUCAAAGCAGCGACGUUGCCUCUGUUGAGGAUCAUCACCAGCUAUCUGCAGUUGCUGAUCUGUGCUUGAUCCCGCUGUGCAACUCUUGCUGAGGGCAAUGGAGGUGCAGAUCAUGCCUGCCCUCAACAUUGGUGGCCCUUGGCAGACCUCAGCAGAUAUGAUCCAUCCUUGGAGCUCUCUUGCAAGCUCAGCUGUCGGGGCAGCGGUAGAAUGGCAGCAGGAUAAGGGGGACAAGAGUCCCACCUGGAGCUUGGAUGUGGGAGCAGUGUGGAAUGCUGACUCACCCACCAGCAAGAACCAUUCCCAGCCAAAGCCCAUUGAGCGUUCUUCUUCUUCCAUGCGCCCCCUCUCCUCCCACAACCGCCGGAAACCGCUCUCUGUGAGACCGCCCCUCAGCCUGGCGGUUCCUCCCAGUCCUGUGUACAGCGGCAAGUUUUCGCCUGGCAACAGCAACCGCAGCGAUCUCGAGGAUCCCGACACGCCUACAGAGGCUGACAGCAGCAAGCUGGGUAGCCCCCGGACGUGCAUCAACUGCGGCACAACAAAGACGCCCCUUUGGAGGAAUGGGCCCGAGGGCUACAAGUCCCUGUGCAACGCAUGCGGCAUCCGUCUGAAGAAGCUCAGCAAGAAGGGGACGCCCUCCGCUGGCCGGUCUGCCGCCCCCGCAACGCCAAGCCCGAAGCCUGCGACCAAGAAGCGCUCCUCCCCACUGCAAAGAGGGGGAAGCAGCGACAUGACCGACGAUAUCGCUACCUUUUCAGCAAAGAGGCUAAAGGUCGCCGUUGGGCCGAUCAAGAAGAGGUGGGUGUUGGAAGAGGAGGUGACGAGCAGCCUGCAUAGCUUUCGAGGAGCGCUUCCACGGUGGGGGGUAAAAGGUGGGGCGAAAGUGGAGGGGUAUGAGGAUGAGGAGAUUGGGGACGGGGAUCUGGCUGUGGAGCAUGGAGCGCAGUUGCUGAUGAUGCUUGCCUAUGGAUUCGCCAGGUGAAGGGCCCGAUUGAAAGGCGAAAUAAGGAAUAAGAUGGUCGUUGCAAAUAACGAUGAAAGAGCGCAUGGUAUUCAUGGUACAUCCCAAGAGACGCAGCGCUUAAAGACAUUUUUGUAAUUAGAAAGACGUUUUGAACUUAGCGGCGACGAGCUGGCCAUGGGCAUGGCCGGCGACAUUGACAUUGACGCCGCAAGCAAACGAGGCACUGAGCUUGUAUUCUACAUAGGCUAUAGGGACAGGGGGAGUGGUUAACAUGGAGGAUCCGCCUCGCUGGUCAAGUAUGAGGUUAGCGAGGGUGUUAGUUUUAGACGGCAGAUUAUAGAUUGUAGUAGCUAGUUAUGUAGCAAGUCUAUUAACCCAUCGAGUGACAUGUGCACAAAAAACUGAAAUGCCUAUUAGCUGAGAGCGCGCCCAAUUCAAGGGGCAUCCGCGUGAUGUAAGGACGGAUGGUCCAUAUAGAUUAUAGUUUAGUUCUAGUGCCUUCCUAAGGUCAGUCUGUCUGGCCGGUCAUUUACCGUCUUAGUGUACUGGUUCGGAAGCUAACAAAUGAAGCCCUGGCACUUGGAAGACGGUUGGGAUGCUUCAACAAGAUAUAUGUUGAUCGCGAGUCGAAGUUACUGAACAGAUAUGAGUUCUGCGAGUCAUCCCAUGGAGUUCUGCA